AUGUUCCAGCACGACACGCUGGAGGCCAGCUGCGGCGAGGUCAGAAUGGCGGACGUGGGGGGCCGCGUCCUCAGGGAACUCCUUUCUUACGUGUACACCCUGCAGGCCCCCCAGCUGACCGGCACGGCCCCGGAGCUGUUGGCGGCUGCCGACAGAUAUGGCCUGUCUGCCUUGAAGGCCGCCUGCGAACAGCAGGUGGCGGCGCAGCUGGAGGUGGAGACGGCGGCGGCUGCAGCCGUGCUGGCGGUGAGGCACUCGUGCCCCAGCCUAACUGCGGCCGCCAUCCACUUCAUAAGGGACCACAACUACAAAGUAAUGGCGACGCAGGGCUGGACAGACGCCGUGCUGCAGUACCCGAAAGACAUCGUCGAAGUCAGUCGGCUGCUCGGUGAACCACCAGCAGAACCCAGCGCGCCGGCCGCCCCCGCUGCCCGGCCGCCCAGCGACAGCAGCCGGACCACCACCGCCGACCCCGCCGACCCCGCCGACCCCGCCUCCCGGCCACCCAGCGGCAGCAGCCGGACCACCACCGCCAACCCCGCCGACCCUGUCGACCUCGUCGACCCCGCCGCCCCCACCGACCCCGCCGACCCCGCCUCCCGGCCACCCAGCGGCAGCAGCCGGACCACCGCCGCCGACCCCGCCGACCCCGCCGACCCCGCCGACCCCGCCUCCCGGCCGCCCAGUGGCAGCAGCCGGACCACCACCGCCGACCCCGCCGACCCCGCCGAUCCCGCCGACCCCACCGACCCCGCCUCCCAGCCGCCCAGUGGCAGCAGCCGGACCACCACCGCCGACCCCGCCGACCCCGCCGACCCCGCCGACCCCGCCGACCCCACCGACCCCGCCUCCCGGCCGCCCAGUGGCAGCAGCCGGACCACCACCACCGACCCCGCCGAUCCCGUCGACCCCGCCGACCCCGCCGCCCGCCGAUCUCCCCAGCCGCCCGACAGCGCCGCCGUCUCCCGCCUGCGGAGCCUCUCUCAACAGGAGAGAGGGAGGAGGCUGAUAGAGGCGGCCGGGCAGGGCGCGGCGGAGCAGGUGCGCGAGUUGCUGGCGGCGGGGGCGGACGUGCGGGCGAGGGAGGAGGGGUUGUUGGGGAGCAGCUGGACCGCCCUGCACGUGGCAGCAGGCAGGGGUCACGUGGCGGCGGCCAGCUGCCUCGUCGGCGCCGGCGCGGAGGUCGACGCCAGGACCAGCAGGGAGCAGCAGACGCCCCUGCACUGGGCUGCACAGUGGGGCCACGCUAGUGUGGUGCGGCUGCUGGUCGGCGCCUCUGCUGACCUCAACGCCAGGGAUCGGCGGGGGCAGACGCCGCUGCACAUGGCGGCAGCGGGGGGCCACGCAGAGGCGGCAGCUGAGCUCCUCCUGUUGGGGGCGGACAGGGGGGCCCGGGAUGAGGAUGGCAGGACCCCCCUGGACCUCGCCAGGGAGAGGGGAAAGCAGCAGCUGGUGGAUAUGCUGACACACCGCUGA